AUGGGCAUCGCUGUUGUCGAAACCCCCACAAAACCAUUCGCCGGACAAAAACCUGGAACAUCUGGUCUCCGUAAGCGCGUCCCGGAAUUCCAACAACAAAAUUACACGGAAAACUUUGUGCAAGCCAUUCUGGAUGCCGGUCUUGGAUCUAAAAAGAAGGGUGCCCAAUUGGUUGUCGGUGGAGAUGGUCGUUUCCUUUCCAUGGAAGCAACUAAUGUAAUUAUUAAGAUCGCGGCUGCCAAUGGUCUCUCUCGUCUCAUUGUCGGGCAAAACGGUUUCUUGUCGACGCCAGCUUUAUCUAAUCUCAUUCGCAAAGGGCACGAAGGACGUAUUGUGGACGGAGGAAUUAUCCUCACUGCAAGCCACAAUCCAGGAGGUCCGAAGGGAGAUUUCGGAAUCAAAUUCAACUGUGAAAACGGUGGACCAGCUCCGGAUCAAGUUACCGACUCUAUUUAUCAAAUAACAACGAAGAUUGACAAAUAUCUUAUCGCAAAAGAUUUGGAAUGUGAUUUUACGCAAGUCGGAAGAUACGAAUACGAUAUUGAUGGAAUUGGACACUUCACUGUGGACGUGAUUGAUUCGGUCACCGAGUAUAUCAAUCUGAUGCAAAAGAUUUUCGACUUCCCGAAAAUUAAAUCUCUUCUCGCUGGUGAACUAACUGGUCGUAAAUUCCGAGUUCUCCUUGAUUCUAUGCAUGGAGCUACUGGACCUUACAUUUCUACAAUCCUCGUGGAUUGUCUUGGUGCUGAUGCAACUGAUCUUCUCCGAACUGUUCCUAAACCAGACUUCGGUGGAGGUCACCCCGAUCCUAACCUCACUUAUGCAAAGACUCUAGUCGAGCGACUUCACACCGGAGAACACGAUUUGGGAGCAGCGUUCGAUGGAGACGGUGAUCGUAACAUGAUUCUCGGCAAGAAUGGGUUCUUCGUGUGCCCUAGCGAUUCAUUGGCAGUUAUUGCUGACAAUAUAGAUUCGAUUCCAUACUUCAAAUAUCGUAAAGUUGCUGGAUUCGCUCGUUCCAUGCCAACUGCUGGGGCUGUAGAUUUGGUUGCCAAAGCGAAAGGACUCCAAGUUUAUGAAACUCCAACUGGAUGGAAGUAUUUUGGAAAUUUGAUGGAUGCUGGUCGUAUAGCUAUUUGUGGAGAAGAAUCGUUUGGAACAGGAUCAGAUCAUAUUCGUGAGAAAGAUGGCGUUUGGGCUCUUCUUGCUUGGCUUCAAAUUCUUGCUGAACGCAAAGAAUCCGUUGAGGAAAUUGUAUCAAAGCAUUGGCAGAAGUAUGGAAGAAACGUGUUCACUCGCUACGACUACGAGAAUGUGGAUGCAGCUGGCGCCAACUUGCUGAUGACUUUCCUUGAAGCUCAACUUCCCGCUUUUGUUGGGAGAGACUUUUCUGCAAAUGGUGUCACUUAUAGGGUUGCUGUUGCUGAUAACUUCCAAUACACUGAUCCAGUUGAUGGAUCUGUUGCAACCAAACAAGGACUUAGAAUCGUCUUUGAAGAUGGAUCUCGUUUAGUUUUUCGACUUUCGGGAACUGGAUCUGCUGGUGCCACUAUUCGUCUCUAUGUGGAUUCGUACAUUCCAUCAAAUGAUUCAUCUCGUCUGCUUCAACCAGCCAAUGAGUUGCUCAAGCCAUUGGUACUUAUUGCUCUUGACGUGUGUAAAAUGGAACAAUUCACGAACCGCAAGGCUCCAACUGUUAUUACCUAA